AUGGCUGAAAAUGAAAAGGCGGCCUACAACAGGCGAUCGGGCGACAGUGAGCGUACCGCCACUAAUAUCGAAAAUGUUCCUCCUCGCAAGAAGUCCUUCACGGACGUCGACAUGACCAAGUUGAGCGCCGCCUUUGAGAAUCCGCUUUCCGAUAUCCCCAAGGAGAAACUCUUGGAGGAGGUCGAGGUCUUCUGCCGAGACAACAACCUCAUGGAUUAUGUCGACGCAUUUCGCAAGGGUGCAUUGAUAGCUCAAUCUCCCAAUGCCACGGACAGAAUCGUCGAGCUGUCGCCUGAAGACCGAGAAAUUCUCGAACGGGAGCACACUCACCGCUGGUCUCAGCCAUUUACCCUGUAUUGGUUGGUCGUUAUGUGUUCGCUGGCGGCUGCCGUGCAGGGCAUGGACGAGACAGUCAACAAUGGUGCCCAGGCACUCUAUCUCAAGCAACUCAAUAUCACCACUAAGCGAUUCAGCCAAGACAUGGUUGACAACUUGACCGGUCUGGUUGUCGGUGCGCCAUACUUAUGCUGUGCCAUUCUCGGUUGCUGGCUCACGGAGCCGUGCAACAGAGUCUUUGCCCGUCGAGGAACGAUCUUCAUCUCUUGCUUCAUUGCUGCGGUAGCCUCGGUCUGGGAAGGCGUUGCUAAUUCGUGGGUGAACCUGUUUUUGGCACGAUUCGUUCUGGGUCUUGGAAUUGGUCCCAAAUCCUCCACGGUGCCAGUCUACUCUGCCGAGUGCGCUCCGGCGCCGAUUCGUGGCGCGUUGGUUAUGAUGUGGCAAAUGUGGACUGCUUUCGGUAUUAUGCUUGGGAAUAUCAUGGGCGUUGCAUUCGGCGGACUUUCCCCAAAUCUCGGCUGGAGACUCAUGCUCGGGAGUACCGUCGUCCUUCCGCUUAUCGUCUGUGCUCAAGUCUACUUCUGCCCUGAGAGCCCCAGGUGGUACAUCCAGCACAACCGACCAGAAAAGGCGUUCCGCUCCUUCCAACGCCUGAGGUUCACGGACCUCCAAGCCGCCAGAGAUACCUACUACACCUAUGUUGGCGUGGAACUCGAACGUAAGGCUCACAAGGGCAAGAACCUGUUCACCCAGUUUAUUGAGCUCUUCACCGUCCCUCGCAAUCGACGUGCAACUUUGGCAUCAUGGAUUGUCAUGUUCGGACAGCAAUUCUCGGGCGUCAACGUGAUUGCGUACUAUUCGACAACAAUUUUCGUGAGCUCAGGAUUCUCAACGACGUCGGCGUUGUUGGCGUCGAUGGGAACGGGCAUCCUGAACUGGAUUUUUGCGCUACCUGCCGUGUUUACCAUCGACCGCUGGGGACGCCGUAAUCUUCUGCUCUUCACGUUCCCUUUCUUGGCGAUUUUCCUAUUGUGGACUGGCUUCAGUUUCUGGUUCCAUGACACCAAAACCAAAGUUGGCAUGGUUACCACAGGGAUGUACUUAUUUGAGGUCUUCUACUCGCCUGGUGAAGGCCCUGUACCAUUCACGUACUCGGCAGAAGCAUUCCCUGUGCAUGUUCGAGAUGUCGGUAUGAGCUUUGCGACAGCCACAACAUGGUGCUUCAACUUCAUUCUCAGCUUCACCUGGCCUCAUCUCCUUACCGCUUUCAAGCCUCAGGGUGCAUUUGCGUGGUAUGGCGUAUGGUGCAUCAUCUUGUGGUUCUUGAUUCUCCUGUUUGUCCCGGAAACCAAGGCCCUCACUCUCGAAGAACUGGACCAAGUGUUCAGCGUCAGCACUCGUAAGCAUAUGAGCUACCAGAUGAAGGAUGCUGUCUGGCAUUUCCGGGUGUGGGUUUUGAGACAGAAACUUGAACCAUUGCCACCGUUUUAUCACCGGGCAGAGAAGCUGAAUGAGGCGUGA